AAAGACAGACGUGUAUUGCUAAUAUUUUUAGUAAACAGUUAUCGAAAGAAAUUCGUAUUCAUAGUGAUUUCGCAAAAAAAUAUCUGUCAAUAUUUAUGUCUUAAAAAUACUAUUAAUAUUAAAAUUAAGUGUAAACCUGCCAAUAACACGUUAUUAAUAAAUCAGUAUUAUGUUUCAAAAUAAUAGGAAUACUAAAUAAUAGUUAUAAUGUGCUAAUUUACAAAAUUAUAUCGUAAUAUUAUCCAGCCAUAAAAUAACUGUGUGUCAUAAAUAAUAUAACAGGUCCUAAUAAAUAAUAACUCAUAUUAAAUAACAGGUCGCGAAUAAUUGAAUAAAUAAAAGAACAUUUUUUUUUAUUAAAAUGUCAAAUUUAAGUUUCGAACGAGUUGUAAUUAGUUCGAUAUUUAAAAAAGUGUUGAAGAUAGUGAGGUGACUAUGACGUGGACUAAAGAGUUGGAUGAGGCCGCAGUACUGGCCACAAAGACUGGCUAUUGGCAUGUGGUGCUUUUCUAUUUACUCUGUGGACUGGCGGCCAUACCAACUUCUUUCCUAGUAUUUUCUCAGGUCUUCACAAAUGCAACGCCAGAACAUUGGUGCGCUCCACCACCAGAACUGGACCACCUAGGAUUACCAGAUCAACUCCUUCGUUCCCUAACAGUACCAGGAGAGCAGGGCACGUACGAGUCAUGCACAGCAUACGAUAUAGACCGCAAGGAGUUACGUGAAGCGCUGAGGGAUUUCAUCGUUGAAAGGAUAAAGCUACAGUUAUAUCAGCAUGAAGUCAGAAAACUCUACAAGAACGUGCUGCGCCUGCACCGCGCGACAUUCAGCAAGAUACGUGUGUGCAGCCUGUUCUACGUGGACGCGGCGCUACAACUGAGUCUCAUGAGUCUACUCACUAACUACAUAGUAGUGUUGCUACAGUUUUCUAUUCUGUAA